AUGAACUCCGGCUCCGAAUACGCCCCCACGAUCACCGACGUCCGUGCACUCUCCCCGCUCGCCGGACUCGCCCUCUCCUCCCAGAUACGCGCCGGCCUCACCCAGCCAAAGGGCAAACGCACCCUCCCCACCGUCCUCCUCUACUCCGGCUCCGGACUGCGGAUAUACGACUCGCUCACGGCGGAGAGUAAGGUGUAUUACCCCUUUAGCGAGGAGGAGGCGCUCCUCACGCACAGGGCGGACGAGAUCGUCAGCCGCAUGGGCUUGCACGCACAAGAGGGCGUCAUGGUCGAGCUUGGCGCUGGCGCAUUGCGCAAGACCUCCCUCCUCCUACGAGCAAUGGCAAAGCUUGCUUCUACUCAAUCGGAAGACACUGUGCCAUUCACCUACUACGCCCUCGACCUGGAGCAGGAGGAACUCGAACGCUGUCUUCGUCUGCUUAUGUCCACCUACGGCCCCGAGCUGAGGGGAAAAGUCGCUGCACACGGCCUUUGGGGAACGUACGAAGGCGGGAUCGAGUUCAUCCGCACGGGGGGCAUCGACCGCUGCCUUGAUGUCCCUAACCAUUGUGGCAAUGAUUCGUCGACUGUGAGAAGCAGCACUCCUCCGCUGUCGACGGCUGGAAGCUCACUGAACGACUCAUCACGACCCUCCACUCCCCCGCUGGCGACUCCUUCCCCCUGCCCUCGUGCUCUGUCUAGCGAGGGCGAGCACCCGCCCCUGCACCUUCUCUUCCUCGGUUCCUCCCUCGGCAACCUCACCCGUCAAGCGGCAGCGCCCUUCCUCGCCAGCCUCCCGCUUCGCCCAGGGAGUAGGGACACCCUUCUCCUCGGGCUGGAUGGGAGAAACGAGCAGUGGCGCGUCGAGUCCGCGUACAGCGCCAAAGACUACUGGACGAACGAGUUCCUCAUGAAUGGAUUGACUAACACUGCGCGCGAGCUGGGCGGACCGGAAUUCGAAAGAGAACGCUGGCAAUAUGUUGGGAGGUACAAUGUGGAGGAAGGUCGGCACGAGGCGUUCUAUAGAGCGAAGAAGGAUAUGCAGGUCGUGCUUCCUGGAACGCCUGAAGAGGGUGAACUCAGCGUGGAUAUCGCGCGUGAUGAGGAGAUCAACAUAGAAUAUUCUUACAAGUACUCGAGUGCGGACGUGGCCACCCUCUUUAGCGCAGCCAACCUGCGCAUCAUCGAAUCGUACCAUUCGCCGAACCUCAACACAGAGACAGGCCAGCCGCUAUACACGCUCUAUCUCCUCGAGCGACCGGCAUUCCAUUUCCCCCUCCUUCCGACCCUCCACCCUUCAGCUGACAGCCAGGCCCUGUUCAAGCGUGUCCCUACCGGCGGCGUACCCACCCUUGACGAGUGGAACGAGCUCUGGAAAGCGUGGGACAUCGCGACGGUAGGCAUGAUUCCCGAGCCGAUGAUGCACCGGAAGCCUAUCGACCUGCGGCACAAGUGUCUCUUCUACCUCGGACAUAUCCCUGCAUUCCUUGAUAUUCAUCUCUCCAGACUCUUCCAGGAACCGCAUACCCAGCCAGAAUAUUUCAAGCACAUCUUUGAGCGUGGAAUUGACCCGAACGUAGAUGACCCGAGCGUAUGUCAUGAUCAUUCCAUAGUGCCUGAGAAGGACGAGGACUGGCCCACGCUCGACCAGAUCCUUGCGUUCCGCGAUGCGGUCCGGAUGCGCGUGGCGCAGCUGUAUGAGCAUAUGGAGACUGGGGAAAAGGCGUGCUUGCGUCGAGUGGGGCGCAUCCUCGCCAUCGUCUUCGAGCAUGAGAUCAUGCACCUCGAGACGUUGCUGUACAUGCUUAUCCAGGCCUCAGGAGAGCCGAAUGGUUCUCUGCCCCCGCCAGGAUUCGCAACCCCUCCCUUCGCCUCCCUCGCCAAGGAGUGGGACGCCUUCCCCCCGCCGUCAAACCCCGUCCCCACCUUCCUUCUCGAAGAGGGCAGUAUCAGCAUAGGCCAUGACGACUUCGAGGCGGAAGAUUAUGCAACAGCCGACGAGAGCUGGAAGGAGACCCACGAGUUUGGCUGGGAUAACGAGACUCCCCGGCGGCUGGUCCGGCAUGGGAGCGUCAGGAUCGAGGUUGCGCCUAUUACGAAUGCGCAGUACCGCGAGUGGUGGGAAGGUUCAGGGCGGACUAUGCCGGCGAGCUGGGUGCUCGUCGACGGGGAGAUACAUGUACGCAGUUCACCCACUCCAAUAGUGCGUGCUCGAACGUUGCACGGCCCUGUCGCUUUCUCCGUCGCGCAACACUGGCCCCUGCAGGCAUCGUACGAUGACAUCGCGGCUUUCGCCGCUUCGAAGGGAGGCCGUAUCCCGAACGAGCUUGAGCUACGGGCUUUCCUUGAUCGUACCGAUGCGGGUGAAGCGGCCAACAUUGGCUUCAAGAACUGGCAUCCGAUCCCGCCGCAAUGGGACUCCAUCGCUCAGAGAGGGCACAAUGGUGGCGUGUGGGAGUGGACCAGCACGGUGAUGGACCGAUACGAGGAGUUCCUCCCCUCUGGCGUCUACCCGGGAUACUCGAACGACUUCAAUGACGGAACGCACCAAGUUGUUCUCGGAGGCUCAUUCGCUACCCAUCCCAGGAUCGCGCAGAGACGCACGUUCAGGAACUUCUGGCAGCAUAAUUAUCCGUAUGCUUGGGUAGGUGCUAGGAUAGCGUAUGAUAUGCCGCAAGAUAUCGACGCUAAACCUGUCGCCUUUGCGGUCGGCACCGACAUCCACGUGGACGGAGCGGUCUUAGGCCAGGAUGAGAGCGAGGGCAAGGCGAAUAUUACUGUUGUGGUUGAUGGGAAUGCAGACGAGAAACUUGAAAGUACACCGAACGUUGCUCCUGUCGUCGGAGUUGGGAUCGGGGAUGUUCUCCGUGCGACCCUCGAUUUCGUAUGGUGGGUGAGCUGCCGGCUGGUACCGGACGCGUUUCGCAAGUUGACUACCAGGGGUUGA